GGUGCGCAGUUUUGGGAACGGUAAGGAUUCUGGCUCGAGAAGGUUUCACUGGUGUGGCAUAACUGCGAUUGCCAUAAUGCGCAAUGACCCACUGGAAGUUUUCCUUCAGGAUUGGACGCCAAACUCGACCCCAGAAUCCAUCAAAGGAUCCCCCUUGAUGUUGCUGGAAGACACCUGUAAUCGCAUCGGCCAUACCCGUGCAUCCAGAUCCAUGGAGCACCACCAGCACGUCCCAUAUGAAGGUUCCCCACCUAAGCUCUUCCAUCCCUGGAGAAGUGAUGGUUCCACACAUGCAAAUUUCUCACAGCACCUCCAAACCUCCUUAAAUCCACACCACGAAAUGCCACUGACACCCCCGGCGGAACACUAUGACUUCUCAUCCCUGAAGAUGUUGCCUUGUCCGUCCGCAUGCGCUACUCUUCCCACGUCAAUUUCAACUUAUGCACCCACCACGCACUCUGGACCUUUGGACCAAUGGUGGACCCUGCAGGACGCCGGCACUGCCAAUCACUCCUCAACACAUAAUUUCCAGAUCCCCCGUGGGUGGGUUCUGGGCCACCCUGAGCUCGGCCAGUACCAGUCUCAAAUCGCCACCCUGCUGCACUCUAAGUCGCGGAGAUGCCGGAGGUGCAUGUGCCCCAACUGCCAAAAGAGUGGCUGCGCGCCGGGCAGGAGAAAGCAGCACGUGUGCCACAUGCCGGGCUGCGGGAAGGUCUACGGCAAGACGUCGCACCUGAAGGCGCAUCUGAGAUGGCACGCAGGGGAGCGGCCGUUCGUCUGCAGCUGGAUGUUCUGCGGGAAGAGCUUCACGCGCUCGGACGAGCUCCAGAGGCACCUGCGCACGCACACCGGUGAGAAGCGCUUCACGUGCCCGGACUGCGCCAAACGCUUCACGCGCAGCGACCAUCUGGCCAAACACCUGAAGACGCACCUGAUGCACAAGAACAGACUGGAUCACAUCAACACAACUCUUGAACAAAAGUCUUAGAUUGUUCAAAGU